AUGACGAAUAAGAAUAAGAAGAAGAAGAAAGAAGAUACAACGAGUACUACGACAACGACGAGCACAACGAGCACGAGUACUACAACGACUAAAACAAACAAAAAUUAUAAUCCAAGUAAAUCGGUUUCACCAUCAUCAUCUCCUUCACUUUCAUCUUCUGUUGCUGCUGCUACUAGUAAUAAUAAGAAUAAUAAUAACAGUAAUAAGACCGUUACAAAAAGUAAAGAUUCAAAUUCAAAUUUAAAUCAAUCAAAAAAGAAAGAUAAAGACAAAGAUAUUAGUAGAAGCAGUAGCACGACUACUACGAGCAGCAAUGGUGGGUCAAUAGGGAAAACAGAAAAUCCCAAGAAUACAGGUGACAACACAUCUAACCAAACUAGUAAUAUAUCGGGUGGUGUGCACGUGACAAAAUCAAAAGCGAAAAAACAAGUGGAUGAUGAUCAAGAUGAAACAUCGACUACUUCGACCACCUCUACCACUUUACCGCCACCCCGACAAGACAAGAAAAAGAAGAAAAAAGGAGAUGAUCCUAAAAAGGAUGCUCCACACGGAUCCACCAACAACAAACCUGGAAACAACAAACAAACAAAUAAUCUAAACAACAAUGGGACAAAUAGAAUUCCCAAGCUUAAAAACAAGGCCAAUCAUCCUAUAGAUGGGGAUGAUAAUGAUCAAGAUAAUAGUGAUCAAGAGGAAGAAGAAGAUCAAGAAAUUCUUACUAGUAAGAAGAAAAAUAAGAAUAAUAAUAAUAAGGAUUCUUCUUUACAAACAUCAACCACCUCUACCACUUCUACAACCAUUUCUAAAUCCAACAAAACAAAUAAUAAUAAUAACAAUAACUCCAAAUCUAAUAAUAACAAUAAUAAUAAUAACAAUAAUAAUAAGAAUUAUAGUAAUACCAAAAAUAAUAAGGAUCAACAACCACCACCAACACCACCACCACCAGUUGAACAAAAAGAAUGUAUUAUAUGUGUUGAUGUAGUAACUGAUGAAUCAACUAUAGAUGGAUGUAGUCAUACAUUUUGUUUUGAAUGUAUCCUGGAAUGGAGUAAACAAGUGAAUCGGUGUCCGUUGUGCAAGGAGAAAUUCAAUCUGGUCAAGAAAAAGGUUGCCACUAGGGGAUCGCGUAGUAUGGCCAAGGUCAAGGACAAGGAACAACGUGCUGAAUACUCUGAAGCGGAACUGCGGGCAUUGCUUGGAGACGAUUAUGAUUCUGACGAUUCAGAUGACUCAGAUUAUGACCCAGAAGAUGAUGACUAUGACUAUGACGAUGACUUUGUCGUCGAUGAUGAUGAUAGUGACGAUGAACGAGUCGCUACCCGUAACAACAACAAUAAUAAUAAUAAUAAUGACCCCAACUUUACCAACACUGGAUUGGAAACUUAUAUACAAAGACUGUUCCCAUCAACAGGUACCACUCGUUUGACGGUUACUAUCAACCCAGUUGCCGAGUAUGUCCGUAACCUACUUCCACACUCGCUUCGAUUCCUUUCUAAUAAUAGUGUGCUCGUCAAUACUCUUCAACGUCAAAGUGCCAAUCAGACAAACACCAACAUUCUUGCUAGACGUCAGUACCGUACCACACUCAAUAAUCGUGGUCGUCCAGUUGUCCAUUUAGAUGAAGAUACCAUUGAUGUAGAUGAAGAAGAUGAAGAGGAAGAAGAAGACAGCCAUGAUAUUGUUGAUUUGGAUGACCUUGAAAGUAUGUCUGAAAGUGAAAUGGAAAGAGAAGAAGAAAACGAUGGUUACAAUGAAAUGUGGGAGGAAGCUGAAGAGGAUUCUGCCGAUGAAGAUGAUCUUGAAGGUCAUCUCAAUAGAGAAGACUGUGAAGGAUGUGGAGAAUGUGACAAUUGUUUGGAAGGAAUUGAUUUGACCAGUGAUGGUGAAAGACAUGCCGACUCUGACAAUGACGUUGGAUAUUAUACCACUACAACCACUUCAACAGCUUCUCAAUCACUCUCUUCAUCUCCUUCAUUAUCAUCGUCUGGUAUCGAUGUUGAUGAUUCAGAUUCCGAUGUACAAAUAAUUAAAAAGAAAACAAAUAGACGUAGACAAAUCAUUGAUGAUGAUGAAGAAGAAGAAGAAGAAGUUGUACCACAAACAAAGAAAAUGCCAACCAUCAUCGAUGAAGAUAUUAUCUUUUGUGAUGAAGAAGAAAAAGAACAAGAAGAGGAAGAGGAAGAAGAAGAGAUUAUCGUUAAAAAGAAACAACAACCCAAACGUAAAUCAAUGGUCGAUGAUAGUUUUGAUAUCACUACCGAAGAUGAAAGUAUUGAUCUCGACAAUGAAGAAUCAGAUCAAGAAGAGGAAGAGGAAAUCAUCCAUAAAAAGAAAAAAAUUAGUAGUAAAGAACAACAACAAAAAGAAUUGAAAAAAAAAAGUAAUUGUAUCAACUCCAACAAAGAAGAAAUCAAAAUCUAA